GUCCUCCGUCAGCACAUAAAUCUUCGAUUUAUUCCUCUUAACUCGGGUUUUCUUUUCUUUUUUUCUGCUAAAAAAGGAAAUAGAAAAAUAAUCGUCUAAUCUAGUCAAACUACUUAUAUAUUCCUAUUCCUUGCGACAACUAUUUAAUCAAAAAAACUCAUUAAAGAAGGAUGCAAGCAAUUCAAAAUACUCAGGAAAUUCGUCGUCAAGCCGACUUGACGAAGGCUCAAUGGUGGCUUCAACAGCUGUGCGAGACGGAUCGCAUGAUUGUUGGAAGAAAACGACGUGACGUCCAAAAACUAAUCCAUCGGUUGCUCUCGGAGCCAAAGGGGACCAGUGUUCCGAAAUCAUCGCCAGUCAACAGACUCUUUCCACACCCGCUGAGCUUUGAAUUGGACCCGAAAUGGCCUGCAAUGGACUCUUUCUACAAUCGGAUUUCUGCUGCAAUGAGGACUAUUGCUCCAAAGAAAACUGCAUCUCAGCAAGUCGUCAUUAGCUGCAAGCAACUGAAACCUGCGAAACUCGAUAUGAAAACACUUCGUCAAGUUAUGGAGCACGAGCUCGCCGAGCUGGGAGACGAGAAGCUUCAACGAAUGGUGUGCUCAUUCUGCUACAGAGCUCAGCCAACUCAUCGGCUCUACACGAUUGAAGACGUAAUCAAGUGCCAGGAAUGCUGGCGUGGACCCUUCCCAUCUCGUACGAUUUUCGACGCACUUAUCACUGAUGUCGCGGAGAAGUGGGCUGAGAAGGUGGCGAAACGUGUCGAGUGUCUGUAUGGAAAUUGGGAUGAGAAGCUUACACCGAUGGUCCGUAUGCUUCAGAAUAAUGUGCUCUUGUCGGAGGAUAUUGCAGCGUUGCUCAGAACUUGUACGGAUCCACAUGAGUUCAAAGAGGCGUGUGAAGUGAUUAUCAUCACCACCAUCGUUUUCUACUUGGAAUACGUAGAUUUCCGCCGAAGCUGCGAGGCAUUGAUGGCAAUAAAACCGACAGUCACCUACGGACAACUCUUUGAAAUCUUCCAGAUCUACUUUCCAAACCGAGCCAAAGGAAUCAAGACGGGCGACUUUUUGUGAUCUUUUGAAUUCGCUACAGAGCUAAUUUUUGGUUUUUUACUUAUUUAAAAUGUACAAAACUCUUGAUCUACCUCUAUGUACUUUUCCAUUGUUCCUCAUGUUUUUCUUAAUUUUUAUCAUGAAAUUUCAACUCACUUGC